AUGUCGACGCUACCCUUGGACAACAGGCGCUGGGAGCGCAAGAACUCGCAGAGCUGGCGAAAGCCUCGGAUUACUGCCCAACGGUCACGGCGACCCCUCUUCUUCCUCGUCGCAGGCAUCUUUUGCAUUUUCCUUUGGCAUCACUCGAGGUCGGCUUCAUUGUCUCCGCAUCGUCAAAACUUUGUCCAGCAGGAACCCGAUCCCUUUCCUGCUUCCCCAGACAGGAGAUCAAUCCACGAUGAGUCGGAGGGGUCGAAGCUGCAAGAGAAGGUCAUCGACCCAGGUUUCCAAACCAACCUGAUCAAGGAUGGGAGGGCACAGGUGCCUGAGCAGGCGCUAAACAAGGAUCAGACAGGAGCAGGAGACAACCGUUUCCCGGACGGGGUUGUCAUCCGUCAGCCGGUCAAUCGGGACCAGCAAGGGAACGACCUCCCUUCAGGACCCGAAGUCCUGCUGAUACCAGGCGAUGGUUCUGAAGACGUGGCCAUGGAGCUGUUUGACGAAGCGCCAGCGGAUCGCCUCCAGAAAGGACCUGUAGCGGUUCAGGCGAAUUUGGAUCCCGAGACGGAAAAGACGCCCUUGAUUUCAUCGCCCGAUCAACCCGCCAAAGAGAAAGUCAUCGAGGCAGAGCCGGUGGACCAUCUUUCACUCGAAGAAAAGGCCGAUAGCUUGCCCGAAAUCGUGCAUAUUCCUUUCGAGGACGCUGUCAAGGACGAAGUCCUGCACGGAUGGGAGGAUGAUUGGGUCGCACACGCAUCGUACGACGUGAAGAAAUGGGGGAAACUGGCCGAACCGAAGAUUGACUUCGUGUACUUGUGGGUCAAUGGCUCGGAAGAGGCUUUCCAGAAAACGAAAUACCCGUACGAACUGAACUCGGUGCUCAACGACCCCGAGGGCAAAUGGAUCAGUUCUCAUGGCGUUAACCGCUAUCGCGACUGGGACGAGCUUCGAUACUCACUUCGAAGUCUAGAGCGUUACGCAUCCAAAUUCCGCAACAAGAUCCAAAUCGUGGUGAACUCGGUGGAGGGCACCGAGGCAGGAAAGCAGGUCCCGACUUGGUUGAACGAUGAUCCGGCCACGCAAGAGGUGGUGCAAGUGCUUGCUCAAGAAGAAUUCUUCGACCUGGAAAAGCAUGCGUGCUUGCCGACCUUCAACUCCCUGACGAUUGAGAACCAGCUGUUCAACACCCCAUCAGACACCGACUAUUUAUACGCCCUGUCCGACGACAUGCUGCUGGGCAAGGAGCACUCUGCUGCGGAUAUCCAUUCGCCUCUGUUCGGUUCGGUGAUGGGCUUCAAAACCAACUCGUACAGUGCCACCGCACCACCCACCGAAGUGGACGCCCAUCGGUUUGGCGAGAAGCCCUUCCUGAUCUAUACCUCCUGGCUUCUCAAUCGACGGUUCGGGGUUCGAAAGCGCAAGGGCCAAGGUCAUUUUGGGCAUGCGUUAUCGCGAAACAUCAUGCGAGAAGCCAUCUCUUCGUUCCCCGGGCCCGAGCUCCAAAGUGCUUGCAAACGGUUCCGAGGCGAGCCCGGAUUUCAGCUCUACUCGUGGUAUGUGACCUUCCAUUACCUGAUCGAGCGUCACCGCGAAGCAUUACUCUGGAGUUACAUCAUGCUUCGAAGCGACGUGGACGAGGACGGAAAUCUGUCCUGGGACGAGCGACAAACCGUCAUGCAAGAUCUUGAGGCCGGGAUGAAGAACGAGGGUAGAACGACGUUCCGCAAACGCAACUACUACCACGUGCCUCAAUUGCUGCAGAAGGCCGGGCUAGCUCCUCCCAAGGUCAACACGGACAUCUUGUGGACAUCCCUGGAUGGGCCUGUCGCCAUCCAGAACGCGGACUGCAUCGAAUUCGAUGUCAACGAGUGUUUGGCUCCCGGGUUUUCCAUCUCCUCUACUGACGCACACACCAAGAACCCGGUCUUCUCAACCUCUGUUAUUUUCGAUCGAUUGGCCCGACAAGAACCCAAAUGCGGAGAUUGUCUGCUGAAACUGAUCCUCAACAAAACUCCCAAGGGGCUGGCACCCUUGUUGCCGCGGGCUGGCACCCAAGACAGGCAACGAGACCUGGUGGUGAAGGCUGUGAUGCGAUACCGCUACGCCGUCAUCAACCCCGAUGCGUUGUUUGUCAUGGUGACGGAUGCUGAACAGGUUGACAGCACCCUUGUCAGCCGCUUUGUUCGGGCCAACAAAGAACUUGCCGGCCAGCUGUGCCUGAACGACGAUGUCUCUACCAACGACCCUCAAGAGCUUGCGGACGUGAAGCAGGCCAUGACUGAGCUGUACGAGGGACUGUUUCCAGAUCCAAGCCCGUUCGAGAAAUGA